GUGUGAGUCAAUACUGAAAAUCCACCUAUUACACGCUACGGGUAUCAAAUAUUUUUUAAGAGAACAAUUAUUUCUUAUUUAUCUUUACGCGAUAGUAUAGUUUAAUUGUACCUGGUCAGAUUUGUUUAACUGUUCUCAAGGGAUGACGUAUAUUAUGCUAGCCAAUCAUAUUUAUCCACAUCGACUACCAUAGUAAUUUAAGCAGCUUUUGCCAACGUUCGGUAUUAUCGUAGUCACUAAACAUACGAGAAUGUGGUAUUCGGCACUGUUUUUAUUAUCAUCUGUAUUUUGUGUUGUUCUGUGUGAAGAUAAGAAAGAAGAUUAUGGGACGGUUAUUGGUAUUGAUCUAGGCACUACAUAUUCCUGUGUUGGUGUGUUUCAGGGAGGUCGGGUGGAAAUCAUUGCAAAUGAUCAAGGCAACCGAAUUACUCCAUCUUAUGUAGCAUUCACUACGGAAGGUGAACGGCUUAUAGGGGAUGCUGCCAAACACCAGCUUACGUCUAACCCCGAAAACACAGUGUUUGACGUUAAAAGACUUAUUGGAAGGACUUUUGAUGAACAGUCAGUACAGGAUGAUAUCAAACAUUACCCCUUCAAAGUCGUCAAUAAGAAGAACAAACCUUAUGUUGAAGUGAUGGUUGGCUCUGAAGUUAAGUCGUUUGCACCUGAGGAAAUAUCUGCAAUGGUUUUGGGGAAGAUGAAAGAAAGUGCUGAAGCUUAUCUUGGUAAGAAGGUCACUCAUGCUGUCGUCACUGUGCCUGCUUACUUCAGUGAUGCACAACGUCAAGCAACAAAAGAUGCUGGUACUAUUGCAGGGUUGAAUGUACUCCGAAUUAUCAAUGAGCCAACUGCUGCAGCGAUAGCUUAUGGUCUGGACAAGAAAGAAGGUGAGAAGAAUAUUUUGGUGUUUGAUCUUGGAGGCGGUACUUUUGAUGUUUCAUUGCUGACCAUAGAGAAUGGUGUGUUUGAAGUAGUAGCUACAAAUGGUGAUACACAUCUUGGAGGAGAAGACUUCGAUCAGCGUGUCAUUGACCACUUCGCAAAGCUAAUCCUUAAGAAAAAGGGUAAGGAUAUCAAAACAGAUAAGCGUGCUGUACAAAAGUUGAGGCGAGAAGUUGAAAAGGCAAAGCGAACUCUAAGUACCAUGCAAACCGUCCGGCUUGAGAUUGAAUCUCUAAUAGAUGGUGAAGAUUUCUCUGAAACUCUUACGCGAGCAGUAUUUGAGAAGCUGAAUAUGGAUUUAUUCUUAAAAACACUCGAACCUGUGAAGAAAGUCUUGCAAGAUGCCAGUAUGAAAAAAGAAGAAAUUGAUGAGAUUGUCUUAGUCGGUGGGUCUACUCGAAUUCCAAAGGUCCAACAACUACUUCAAGACUUUUUUGAUGGCAAAGAGCCUAACCGAGGAGUUAAUCCAGAUGAAGCAGUUGCUUAUGGUGCAGCUGUUCAGGGUGGUGUUAUAGGGGGUGUAGAAAAUACUGGAGGUGUCGUGCUACUGGAUGUCUGUCCAUUGACACUUGGUAUUGAAACAGUUGGUGGUGUAAUGACGAAACUCAUCCCACGAAAUACAGUCAUUCCGACCAAGAAAUCGCAAAUAUUUUCUACAGCUGCUGAUAAUCAACCAACCGUAACGAUCCAGGUAUUUGAAGGUGAACGAGCAAUGACGAAAUUCAACCACUUCCUCGGUAAAUUUGAUUUGACUGGGAUUCCUCCAGCGCUACGUGGUGUUCCACAAAUUGAGGUGACUUUUGAAAUCGAUGUAAACGGGAUACUUAGGGUCUCAGCAGAAGAUAAAGGAACGGGUAAGAAAAACAAAAUCGAGAUCAAUAAGGAACAAAACCGCCUGAAUCCUGAAGAGAUAGAAAAAAUGAUUAAUGAUGCAGAACAGUUUGCAGCAUCGGAUAAGAAGCUGAAAGAACGUGUCGAUGCCAGAAACGAACUUGAGAGUGCUGCUUACACUUUGAAAGCCCAAAUUGCUGACAAAAACCAACUAGCAGAUAAGCUUAAAGCAGAUGAUAAGAAGACGUUGGAAAAGAUUAUAGAUGAGACAAUUUCCUUCUUGGACAGCAACCCUCAAGCUGAAGUAGAGGAAUUAAAGCAGAAGAAAAAGGCAUUUGAUGAAGUCGUCCAGCCAGUUAUUUCUUCUCUUUACCAACAGUCAGGAACUCCUCCCCCUCAACCUGAUCAAGAAAAGGAUGAACUGUAGACACUUUGAGUUAACGCUCCCUUUGUAUAUUUCCCCGGUAUGUUUUCGCCCCCGAUUUUCCUUGUUUGAUAAAAAGUGGUGUACACCAGUUUCUUCUUUUUAUUCCUAGACUAGUAAAGAGUUACGCGU